CUGGCUGUACCUUUCUCUGUUCUUGGAGUCCUUGGUUCCGCCCAGGAUUCCCGUCUGGAUCCUCCCCUGCCCAGUUCCUCCCACCGAUUCCAGGCAUUCUUAAGCGUCCAUGCUCAGUCUGUCCCCAAGGCUGACUUUAGCUUCCGUGACCGGAAGAGUGGCGCGGUGCUGGUGUCCGAGGCUGCAGAAGGACCCUGUAAUAUGCCUAAACCAGCUGUGUUUGACUUUGACAAUAAUGCCAAGCAAGAUGCACAGACGGAAACUGCCAGGAAGAACCAUGUGGAUCUUGUAUCCAGUUUGAGUUUCUCAUCUGAAGCCUCGAGCCAGGGAAAGCGUGAAGCUGAUGAGAGAGUCCAGGAGUCUAAGGAUAUCCUAGUAUCUUCUGAAGAUGGCAUUACAAAGAUCACGUUCAAUCGGCCCGCCAAAAAGAAUGCCAUAAGCUACCAGAUGUGUCACGAUAUUAUGCUCGCACUUAAAAAUGCCAGCACGGAUAACUCGGUCAUGACUGUUUUCACAGGAACUGGUGACUACUACAGCAGUGGGAAUGACCUAAGAAAUUUGAUUAAUGAUGCUGGUGAGAUAAAGAAUGCAGCCAUGUCUUCUAUAGUACUGAGGGAAUUUGUAAACUGUUUUAUAGACUUUCCGAAGCCUCUGGUUGCAGUAGUAAAUGGCCCAGCUAUAGGAAUCGCUGUCACCCUUCUGGGACUAUUUGAUAUUGUCUAUGCAUCAGACAAGGCAACGUUCCAUACUCCGUUCAGCCACCUCGGCCUGAUCCCGGAAGCAUGCUCCUCUUACACAUUUCCAAAGAUGAUGGGCUCAGCAAAGGCAGCUGAGAUGCUUCUCUUUGGGAAGAAGCUCACAGCAAGAGAGGCUUGGGCUCAAGGCCUUGUCACUGAAGUUUUCCCUGAAAGCACUUUUGAGACAGAAGUCUGGACCAGGCUGAAAACAUAUGCAAAGCUCCCGCCAAACGCGAUCAGAGUUUCCAAAGAGUUAAUCAGAAAACACGAGAAACAAAAGCUCCAUGCUGUUAAUGCUGAGGAGUGUUCUGUAGGCCAGGAAAGGGUGACUUCAAAGGAGUACACAGAGGCAGUCAUGAACUUCAUAUCCAGAAAGGCAAAGCUGUGAAGACUGCCAGAGUGGCUAGACUUCUCAGAGGAAGAAUAUGCUGUGAGUUCUGGUUUCAGGUGCUUGAACUACGCACAUUCCUCUGUGCCCCUUUUCAUUCACAGCACAGCAGUUAUGACAAGAGAGCCUCAGUUAUGACCAAUAAAAACUUCCAUAAAAUAAGCCUUAAGCAUCUAUGCAGGGUAGUUAGGAUUGACCUAACCCAAGGGUGAUAGAACUCUACAAUGAAAGCUCAAAGAGAUAGAGAAAAACACUAGAAAACGGAAAGACAACCUAUAGUCAUCAAUUGGUAGAAUUAAUACUAUAACAAUGAUUAUUCUACCAAAACCCAUCUAUUCAUUCAGUGCUGUCCCAGCCAAAAAUCCCCAUUUAGUUCAUCAUAGAAACUAUUUUUUUAAAUUCAUAUGGAUCCACAAGAGACCCCAGUAUAACCAAAAUGAGCCUGUAUAAAAAGAGCAGUGCCAUAGAAAUUACCAUUUCAGACCUCAAAAUAUACCACAGAGCCAAAGUAAUAAAAGCAAUAUGGGACUAGUACAAAAAGUACAUGUUGACCACUAGAACAAAAGCAAACAUGAGUACAUGUAACUAUAACGUGCUAAUAUUUGACAAAUGUGCCAAAUACAUACACUGGAGAAAAGACAGCAUCUUCAACAAAUGGAGCUGGAAAACCUGGGUGACACUUUGAGAAGAGUGAAAUUAGACCUGUACCUACCACCUUCCAUGAAAACUAACACCAAAUGGACCAAAGAGUGGAUCCUGGAACACUGAGAAUGCUGGAAGAGAACACAGGUUGUGCUAUAGAUGACACAGAUGUAGGGAAGGACUUUCUGAAUAAGACCCCAUUUGCCCAGGAAUUGAAGCCAACAAUUGGCAAAUGAGACCUCAAAAAAAAUUCAAACCAUCUGGAAAUCAGUGUGGAGAGCCCUCGGAAGGCUAAGAAUAAAGCUACCAUAUGACUCA